AUGGAAAUCCAGUUGAAGGGGUUGAAAUUCUCACGGGGGGGCGUUUUUGCCUUGCCCUGUGCCCCCCGUUUGGUCUUCAAGAUAUCGAAUGAACCCGAUGGAUCUGACCUGAGAACUCGCUGGGGAUAUGCCAAGGGAACUGCCGAAAUAAUUGAACAGCACAAAUUUGAUUUGGUUGUUCUGCCCCCACAGACUUACUAUAUACUGACCGAUGGACGACGACACCAUCUCAUCGCCGAGGAACGACUGUCACUGACCGCCAACCCCUUUGUACACAAGCAACUUUAUGAAUCGCUCGGUGCACGCCUUGAACCCGCACUACGGCAGCUCGUGGCCUUCAUUCUCGCCACCGGUUUUCGUGACGUGGAUUUUCGAUACAUUCCGAUCCUUGACAAAGGACUGACGACAGCGCCUGAGGCUACCCCGAAGAUUGAGCUGGUGGAUUUCAGCGAUCUUGGCAGCAUCGAAGGAGGUCGCCCAACAGACUUACCAUGA